AUGAAUACAAUAGAUAAUGUUCAGUUUAUGAAUGAAGAAAAUGAAUUAUAUAACUUGUAUUUGAGCAAUAAAGAGACAAUUGUUCCUGUUAUAUCAAGAUUAUUUAAGUUAAGUUUUUAUCAGAGUGUACUUAAGAUUAUUUCUAAUGAAAUUGAUUUUAUUUCAUCAAAUGAUCAAUUAAGAUCAGAAAUAACUAAAAUAAUAACAUCUAACAGUAACAAUCUUAAAAAGAACAAUUUAAUUGAAGAUUUUGUAAGUAUUUGUUUAGAAUUUAAAAUACUAAAAGAUUUUGAAAUAUUUGAGAAUUUAAAGUUUGUAGCUAGUCUUAUUUCUCUUCAAAAAACUUUUAAAAUCAAAACUAAUAUGGUUAAGUGUUUGAGAAUGUUAAGUGAAUUAUGUAAAGAUCUACAACCAUUACUUUAUUUAAACAUACUCUAUUUUUUAAUCAAUUUAAAUAGCUUAAACAUGGAUUCUAAUAAAUUAAUAUUUCAUAUUAAAAGAGCACAAGUACAAUCAAUUGAUAGUUCUAAAAUUCAUUUAUAUGAAAGUUCAUUUAAAGAAUUAUUGUGUGGUCUUAAACUUAAAUCAGUUGAUAAACUUAAUUUUAAUGUCGAUAUUUAUAGUUAUAAAGAAAAUGAUGAUUAUUUUUGGAAUUUAAUAUUUAAGAAUGAACCGAUUAAAAUUGAACCUGAUUCAUUAGAAACGUUUAAGUUAUUUCUUAGACUUCAUAAUAUUCCAUUUGAAAUAGAAAAUAACUGUUUUUAUUUAGAAAAGUGCCAUUAUAUUGAUUUUAGUUCAACAAUCUACGAAAUAGUUAAAGAAUGUACAGUUAGUGAAGAUGAAGAGUUAAUAUCAAAGGAUAAGUUAAUAUCAGAGGAUAAGUCAAUAUUGGAGGAUAAAAAUGUUUCAAUUAAAGAGGAUUCUAAACUUCUUAUUAAUUUAAAGAAUUUAUCAAUUGAACCAACUCGUAUUGUAAAUAGUUUUAAUGUAAUUAAACCAACUAAACCAGUAUUUAAGAAUCGAUUCAUAUCUGAAUAUGCCAAGAAUAAGGUUGUUAAUUUAAAUGGAAAAUUUGAAAAGAUUGAUAAAGAUUUCCCAAUUAGGAAAGUAAAUAAUAUUUUAUUAUUUAAAGAAAGAAAACGCGAACUUGAAGAAUUUCAAGAAUUUUUAAAUAAUAAGCUGUCAGUUAUUGAUGAUUUGUUAGAAAGAUUUGAUUAUUCAAUUGAUGAGAAGAAUGAAGUAAUUAGAUGUGAGAAUGCAAACGAAGAAAGAAUUAGAAAAGAAGAGAUAGAAAGAAUCAAGAAACAAGAGUCUUGGAGUAAUCGAUCACAUAUUACUGAUCCAUUUGGUAAACAAAAAGGUAGGUAUUCUAGAGAGAGUAAUAAUCACUAUAAAAACAUUCCAAAAUAUGAGGUAGAUGAGAAAUAUAUGGUAGAUUAUUCUAAAAUAACUAAAGAACAGAAGAAAGUGAUGAAACCAUUUUCAACUAAGUCAAUUAGCACUGAAUAUGAUGUAGAUUAUACAGAAUACCUUUCUAAGAAUAAUAAAUAA